CUGCCCGCGGCACAUCUGUCAGGCGGCUCUCCCGCUCCGCUCCCCCGCCCGGCCGGUGGGAGGCGGGGCCCCACCGGCUGCCGUCCCAGCGGCCCCGCACGAGCAAGGCCGAGCCCGCCGCGAUCCUCCCUGCAGCGGCGCCUUCUCGGCCCCGCGCCCGCAGCUCCCGCUGCAGGAGCCUUUGCCACCCCCCGCUGUACUAUGGCCACCGACUUCAAGGAUCAAGAUGAGAGAAUCAAGUGCGUCAAGGGGGACCUGUUCUCGUGCCCCCCCACGGACGCCUUGGCCCACUGCAUCAGCGAGGACUGCCGCAUGGGCGCGGGCAUCGCCGUGCUCUUUAAGAAGAAGUUUGGAGGGGUGCAGGAGCUGUUGGAUCAACAAAAGAAGACCGGGGAGGUGGCAGUUCUCCAGAGAGACGACCGAUACAUUUACUACCUGAUUACAAAGAAGAAAGUUUCUCAUAAGCCAACAUAUGAGAGCAUGCAGAAGAGCUUGGAAGCCAUGAAAGCUCACUGCCUGAACAACGGAGUUACGGACAUUUCCAUGCCCAAGAUUGGGUGCGGACUUGACGGCCUGGAUUGGAAUAAAGUUUCAGCAAUACUUGGGGAAGUGUUUGAAGACACAGAUAUCAAGAUCACGGUUUACUCUCUGUGAGGACAAGAGCUCAGGGAGCCCCGUUUCCUUUGCUUUCUGGAGUGGAAACCUGCUCAGCCGCUGGGGGAAGGCGCGUGGUUUGCUCAGGUUUCUCCCCAGCGCAGCUCGCUCUUGUGUUGGCAGCGACUUUAACACAAAAAACACCCCAAAAGCCCGAGCCCCAGCGCAGCUCCCCUGGGAUGUGCUGCUCAGGGAGCCCGUGAGCACGAGGGAGUUUGGAACCUCAGGGUGUUCCCAGUCUGUCCCAGCAACCACCAGGUGUCACUGGUCCUCCACCCGCCCGCUCGGUGCUGCCGGUUCCUCUGCAGAGCACAACAGGAGCUGCUGUUGCUGAGGUGUGUGCUGGUUUGUCGUGGUUGGUAAUGAGGAGCUGUGGAGCCCUGUCAUCCUUCGUUCAGGGUUCCACACUGUUCGUGUCUGCUCUGCUGCUCACUUGGUUCCCUACAGAAUUAAAACAACUUUCUUCUGGCCACAGAUAAAUUUUCUGUUGUUGUGAUGAGAUUGCACUCAGUAUAAAUCAUGCUGCCAACAUGAAAUAAACACCUGUUCCGCACGCUGCUGCCAGA